GUGUGUGUGGACAGAGAAAGACAGACAGGGGCGUGGAUGCUGAAUCAACUCCAAGAAGUAAAUCACCCAGCUUUCAGUCCCCUGCUGGAGGAAGUCACAGCAGCAUCGCAGAGCUGGUGAAACUACAACUAAACCACUGUGUUUAGGUGAAUUAGCCCAUUAAAGCGGGACAUCUGACCACCUGUGAACCAUGGAAGAAGACGCGUCCCACGCCGAGCCCAGCAGCGUCUCCGGCAGCACCCACACCAUCCCGCAGCAGCUGCCCGAAAACGCGCCCGAACUCAUUAUCCCGAGCCAGUCGUCCGCCCCGUCCUCCCCGACCCCGACCCCGACCAGCACCCUCUCCCGGCUGGGCUUAAGGAGUCCGACCAGCCCGACCGCGGUGUCCCCGGGUAGCCCCGUGGCAGGCGGCCAGGUGAGCGCCAUCACCGUGGUGGCGCUUCUGGACAAACUGGUGAACAUGCUGGAGGCGGUGCAGGACAACCAGCAGCGCAUGGAGCAGAAGCAGGCCGACCUGGAGGGCGCCGUGCGGGUCGUGCAGGGGGACGUGACCCGCCUGUCCAAAACCCACGUUAGCACCUCCAACAGCGUCAGCAAGUUGCUCGAGCGCUCCCGCAAAGUUAGCGGGCACCUGAAGGACGUGAGGGAGCGCUUGGACAAACAGGCGGUCCAGGUGAAGAAGCUGGAGGCGAACCACAGCCACCUGCUGAAGAGGAACCAUUUUAAAGUGCUGAUCUUCCAGGAAGACAAUGAGAUCCCUUCCAGCGUGUUAGUCAAGGACUCCCUCAAGACCCCACAACCAAGCCAGUAUGAUGCAGAAUCAACCCGGCCUACUCCAUCUGUGACCGGCUCUAUUGAUGGUAGCCGUGCCCAAGAGGAGGGUCUUCAGACCAUUAGCCUGUCUUCCGAUGAGGAUGAUUAUCUUGCAGAGCACCCUGAUGGGGAAGAGAUGCUGGAUGUUGAGAACGCUGUGGGUUUGGGCACUUCCCGCACAUUUGAGAGAAGGGCUGACAAGUUCAAGCGCUCCAGCCUGAAGAAGGUUGAUAGCCUCAAGAAGGCCUUCUCGCGCCAGAGCAUUGAAAAGAAGAUGACCCAGAUCUCCACCAAGAUUGUGCCACCAGAGAAGCGUGAGAAAAUCAAGAAGAGCCUCACCCCUAACCAUCCUAAAAGCCCAACUGCCAAGAGCUCCUCUUUCAAGGUGUCUCCCAUGACCUUUAAUGUCAAGAAGGUCAGAGACGGGGAGGGCUCCCCACAAGAUAUGUGCUCACCUGGGGAAGAAGCCCAUGUGGAGAUUCCUGCACUGGGCAGCUUAGAUGGCGAUAUUCCCUUAGCAGAGGUGCAUACACAGGAAGGUGUUUUUGAGGAGAUUCAGGAGAUUCUGAAUCCCUCCACCCCAGAUAGCAUGAAGGCAGAGCUGGCAAUCAAUGGAGAGGCACCAAGCAUUGAGUGCGAGAUCAAUGGUGAUCGUUGCGCUGGCCUGGCAGUUCCAGAGAAUGAUGAUGUUGGCGAGGAGGAGGAGGAGGAAGAAGAGGAACAAGAAAAAGAGAAACACAAAAGCCCUGUUGAAACAGAUACCCAGAUUCCCACAGCAACUACUGCAACAAUUGCUGUAGAGCAAGUGUCUUAAUAUGAUUAGAUUUUAGUGAGCAUUGAUUCUAGCUUCCUAUUAUUUCCUUUCUUCCCAAAGUUCCUACAUUUAUGAACACCCAGCAGACUCAAAUUAUCCCUCCAUUGUAAACAGUUGUGUUCUUUCAUAAAACACCCAUGUACACUAGAAAUAUACUCUCGGUUUCUAAAGGUUGUCCAUCCUUGAACCAUUCCUGCAACACUUUGAUUAUCACCAGCAUAGUCUAAAAACCUGGACACUAACUGCCUACGCAACUAGACUUCACAGUAUCCCAGAAUCAGAAUUCAGUGCAAGUGCUUCCUAAACCCUGUAGCAGGGUUGUCCAAAGAAAGCAACAUUGCAGCAAUGCACCAUAACUCACUCCCAUCAACUGGUGCCCACCUCUUCAAUAGCAGCACAUCUCCAGGGCGCUGGGCCAACUAUCUCUCUCCUGCUGUGUUUGUCUGUCUGUGGAGCUCUUUUCCUCACUGACAGAUAGCCUCUUUGUUCUUUGUGGGGUUUGUGAAAAAUAGUAAAUCUUUGGCUAUAGUGGUACUGCCCACAGCCUGUUGAGGCAGUGUGUUGCCAGGUUGUGCAAGAGUUGGAAUGGGAUAUUUCUGGGUUUUCAGCGAAAAGGUCCUGGGUUGUUUUGUUGUGAACUACAGGUUGCUUACUGAAUUGGACUGGACCUGUGCUGAAAAAGCCCAGAUCUUAACUAAUAGGUGACUAUACUUUAGUAGUCCGAGUGGCGUUGUCUUGCCUCCUGUCCUUCACCUGAACUUGUCAGAUUGUUUGUUACUUCUAUAGUGAGCUCCAAUUCAUCAUUAAUGACCUAGUAAUUUGUGACUGCCAAUUGAGUCAGUAACAAUAAACCUCCAGGCGCUGAAAAUUAGAAUAGAUGUCAUAUGAAAAUGUUCUUGAUAAUCGAACUAAUUUUCGGAGCCCCUAAAGGGACAUGGGGUGGGGGGGGGGGGGGGUGCGCACUAGAUACUAUGCUAUCUUGUGAGCACUAGAUACUAUCUUGUGCGCACUAGAUACCCAGUGUUGUGGCGAAUCAACACGUCUCAUUUCAAUAUUAAAAUUAACCAUGUGUUGAUAGGUCACCACACGAAAAUGUAACCAAUGAAAUUACUUAUUUUGACACACGCCAACAAGUAUUAAACUAACAAGGUAAUGUGUCAAAAGGCGGACCGUUUUUGUUAUUUUCUCAAAAGGAGGACAAAUGAGUGUCCGGCUGCAGGACAGGGCAUUUAAAUGCGGACUGUAACAAAAAAGGUUACAGAUUAAUUUACAUUUAUUUUUUUGUUACAGACAAAUUAGUUUAAUACUCAUUUGAAUAUUAAAAUUAGCCAUGUGUUGAUUCGUCACAACAUGGAUCCGUUCCUAUCUAGUGCACUAGAUAGUAUCUAGUGCGCACUAGAUAGAACUAGAAAGUAUAUAGUGCACACAAGAUACUAUCUAGUGCUCACUAGAUAAGGAUCUAGUGCGCACAAGAUAGGGAUCUAGUGCGCACUAGAAACGUUUCUUUUCUUUUUUUCCCCCCACAUGUCCCUUUAGGGGCUCCGUACUAAUCAAUACCAUGAGAAUGGUAAAAGAUAAAAUUGUUUGCAAGUACCAUUUAACAUGUUUGUGCUCAAUCACAAUGAUGCAAAUGAAGGACAUCAUUGCGAGUUAGAAGCUGCUCUAGAUGGCGAGAAAAAUAAGUGAGUGACUCAAAGAACAGGUUUUAACACUGACUAGCUUUCCCUUUUUGCAGCCCUUUGUCUUUCCUGCAGGGCAACUUUGUAUGUUUAUGUACAGGAAUUAUUAUGUGAGGCACAUUACUCUCUAGGAAUUUACAGCUUAUACACCAUAAAUUAGUAACUCUAUGAUUACUGCCUUGAGUGUGUGUACGUUAUACAAUAAAUGUUGUAUAUGUGAAUUUUUUUUCUAUGAGUUACUAUGUGAUACUUGGGUGUUUGUAAGCCGUCUCUUUCUUUCAGGUAUCCAUAACUUGCAUGGUGAAAUGUUUACUCAGUUUCAUGUGUUUAGACAUAAACGCUAUCUUAUACAUUUGCCAGGCCACCAUCACUUAUUACCCCCUCCUCCUAUAUACAUGCACACACAUACUCCUACAGUGCCUUCACCUUGCACAUGCUGGUAUCAGUAAUUGCACUCCAGAAGGGAUGGAUUCCUAUGUUUUUGUAGAUAAGAGAGCGUUUAAAACAGGCCUGAUUUUUUUUUCUCUCUCUCUCUCUUCUGAGGAAUUCCUUGCAGCUAUCACUGUAUGGGGCAUAAUCAAGGUUUGAUACCAACUACAUAGAAACAGAGAAAGUUUUAAGUUCAAAGGAGCUGCAAAUACAUUCACAAUCAACUUCAUAAUUUGAGGUCAUGCCUGAAAGUUUCUAUAAAGUGACCUUCCUCUUGUUGCACAUUGUUAGUGCUUUCCCAGCCUAGGUUACAGCUGUCCAAUGCCAUGACUCCCCAAAAAUAAUUUAGCAAGUGAUACCAGGUGCCAAGGAUCCAGAUACUAGAGAGGUCACAGAAGUGAAUAAAGGCAGAGGACAGCAUUCCUAGCUUUGACGGAUGACUCCUGCUCAGCCCAUUUUUCAUGCUCUUGGCCUCCUUGUUGAGACCGUGCAAAAAGGGGAAGAAGCUCUCUGGAGCCACAGGUGUUCUGCCCGUGGAGGCUCCUGGGCAUGAGCUUGUAGUGGAAGGGGGACAAGUGUGGGUGUUGCGAAGUGUUGGAAAGGACUUCAGUUGUUGGAAAGGAUGAUAAAGUUGCCUUGGGGUUAUGCAUAUGUGCAGCCUGGCAGAAAGGUGUUAAAAUUGUGAGAGUCUCAAAUGCAAUUGAGCUUGGGAACUGAAAUAUGUUGUGGGGGUAUACAUACUAUAAUUUAACCUAUACCCCACUACAUUCAUUAUCCUUCCUUUUUACAUGAGGUAAAACAAUGGAUUUUUAACUUCUUUAUGUCAAAAUAUAGUGCCCUAAAUAUUUUGGUGUCUUAACUAUGCAAGACAAUGACUUUAUUGAGGUCUGGUGGAAACAGGAGAAAAGCCGUGCAAAUGAAAUAGCAGAAAUAUUUUCAACAGUAGUUGACUUUAAAGCCUUAAAGUCCUUCAUGCCUUACAAAAAUGAACAUUUGUUCAAUGGGAUCUUUAAUAAAUAAUUUGACAUACAUGAUUUUAAAUAACGUUACGUUAGCUGUGCUUAGUUAUUCUGAAGAUUUUCUUUCUUUUUAAUUCUUUUUUGUAUAAAUCAUCUUACUGAAAAGGGAUUGAAUACUAGGCUCGUGUACCUUCUGAGUACAGUAGAGGUUCAAAUGUGACUGCCUUUGAGGUAUUUUCUGCUUAUUCGUGCAAAUGUCUGCUGAUUUUAAACAUGUAAAAGGCCUAUCUAGAUUUGUGUAUGUGUGUAAAAGUCUGUUUUUAUUUGUCGUGAAAUCAAACUGUUAAAUUUUGGAUAAUAUAUGAGAAAUUAUUUUUGUUGGAAAGUUGAAACUCCACGUAUACUACAGCGUUGUCAGGUAGUGUUUAACAUCAUCUUUGUUCAUACAGAGUUUUUACUUUCAUGGCCAUUUAGUUAAUCACUUAAACCAAAGACAUUUCCAUCACAGAAAAAAAGAUUCCCUGCCACUUGUGUGUUUAAAUGUACUCCUGACACUCGUUUCAAGCAUCUUGUAAACAUGCAGGCAUUUCCUUUUUAAAAAAUGUAGUAUUGUAUACAUCAAUAAAGAUUUUAUAACAUUCAA